AUCUGAUCGAAAUAAAAACCCUUGGAAUUCGGCAAUUCCUCCAUCCACACCUUCAGCAGUGCUCCCACUAAAAUUACAAAUUGUGAAAUUGACGUUACUCUCUUCACUCUUUCUCCAUCAUCAUGACUACUAUGGAGCCAGACGUUGAAUCCAAGUAUGCCCACAACGGCAAGGUCAUGGUGGGCACCGCCAUUCUCCUCUUCAUUCUUAUAAUAAUCAUUAUUUUCUUCCACACCUUCGUCCGCUUCUGCCGCCGUCGCCGCCGUCGCCCCUUCUCUCGUUCGCUUCCGACCAAUUCCUCCGCCGCCGCCUCUCUCGACGACCCCUGCCUCGACCCUUCCGUCAUCAAGUCCCUUCCCACUUUUACUUUCUCCGCCGCCACCCACCGCUCUCUCCAGGACUGCGCCGUUUGCCUGUCGGAGUUCGCCGACGGCGACGAGGGCCGCGUGCUCCCGAAUUGUAAGCACGCUUUCCACGCCCAUUGCAUCGACACGUGGUUCGGGUCUCACUCCAAGUGUCCUCUCUGCCGAACCCCGGUCCUACCGGCCACGGGUUCAGCUGACACUGAACCGGGUUCGGUUUCCGAAGCGGGUGAGGGUUGCUCCUCAUCGUCUUUGCCUCCGCCGAUUGGGUGUCCGAGAAAGCCAUUGGAUAUAAAUAUAAUCAUAGAGAUUCCAGAGGUGGAAAGAGGGUCUGAUUCUGUAACCGGAGAUCAAGGGUUCAGAUGGUCAUUGAAGAGGUUUUGCAACGUUUAAGUGAGUGAGUGCUUUUGCAACGAAUCACAAACAAGGCAUAGCAACUCAUGAAUGGACGACAUUUUCGUUUUACAGGCAAAUGUUAUUAGUUUUUUAUUAAGGAAGGAAAUCAAACUUGUAACUUUUUUCUCCCUAUCUUCUUCUUACCCAACUAAACUUAUAACUCCCCAAACCAUAGGAUUGUAUGAUAAACAGAACAUCUAUUGCUUGCAAGAGUUAUCACUUUUGGUACGGUGUUACUCUAUCUAUAGAAUCUCAAAUCUCAAAUCUCAAAUCUCAAUCUCAAUUGUGUUUCACCUUAACCAUUGGAUUGGUGUAUUUAGUUUUAAUCUGUGUAUGUUUGGACGCAA